AAUCGCUAUUAACAUAAAAGAAGUUACCGCUAGAGCCACAACACAGGAUCUCUGGAUCUUCUGAGCUUGUCUUGGCACGAUGAUUGUCGUCCCAAUCAGGCUCCUGAAGUCCCUUUUCAGUAUCUCUGUCUGCCGCAGCGUGGUGUUGUUAACCUUGGAGUGUAGCACGACCACUCCAGGUUUCUCGUUGGCCUCAGGAUCGCGGGUAUCUGCACAGAAACAUCGAGAACACGAGCACCAGGGAAGCAGUGAAUGUGCACUUUAUGUUCGGCUAUGGUAGCACGGACGUGUUGGGCGAUGGAGUCUCUGAUGAUCACAGCAGUGUGUUUCAUCUUGCGGAUGGGAACAAAGUAGUUCCAGGUGGAGAAAGGAGGCGGCAGAGGGGGAGAGGUCAUUGCCUUUGGCCUGGCUUGUGUCCUUUACUGCAGGUGUACCCAGGAUCCGUGGUGUCCCAACUUCGGAGUGAAGCACAUCUGGGAAGAUUGUAUCUUGGGGGAACCGGCCCUGUGCAGAGAAACACAUGGAGUAGAAGUAGUGGGCUGUGUACUGUGUAGGAGUAGUGCGCUGUAUACCCACCCAGGACUUGUGAGCAUCAGCCCAGGAGGUUCUGCUUCUGCACCAGAUCUGCUCCUCCAACUGCACAGGAAUUUACCCUACAGUUCAACACCUCCCACAACAAUUAAUGAAAGGGUUUAUGAAAGAAAGCCGAAAACAUGACUGAUGCAGAACCCUGCGAAAUAAAACUGGAAGAUACUAAAGAACAAAUAGACUUCAUAGAAGACAACAAAAAGAUUGAAGAACUGAUUAAAGAGGGGGAGAACCAUCAUGUCAAAACUGAAGAAGCAUUCUGGAGAUCCUCCUUGACAAUAAGAGACAAAACAUGGCCUGAGUGUGAAACAAAAGCAGUUAAAAGCAGUAAAACAUUUUUUAGACCACAUUUCUUGAAGGACCACCUGAAAGUCCAUACGAAGGACAAGACUUACGUAUGUCAUUUAUGUGGAAAGAGUUUUAGUCACAUGGCUGCUUUAAAGAUACAUCAGAAAAGACACAGCGGUGUGAAGGAUCAUGCUUGCUCUGAAUGUGGGAAGACUUUUUUUAGAUAUGCUGAGUUGAAAGCGCACCAGACAGUUCACACUACAGAAAAACCUUACAAAUGUUCACAAUGUGACAAGAGAUUCAAACGGUCAGAAUAUCUGCGAAUACAUGAGAGGAUCCACACUAGCGAGAAACCAUACACAUGUAAUCAGUGUGGAAAGAGUUUCAGAAAAUGUGAUGUUUUUAAAAAACAUGUGCUUACUCAUUCUAGAGAGAGACUAGAAAAUUGUGACCAAAGCAGAAGAACAUUUCUAAAGGACCACUUGAAAGCUAAUACAAAGGAGAAGCCUUACAUAUGUUAUUUAUGUGGAAAGAGUUUUAGUCAGAUGAUUUCAUUAAAGAUACAUCAGAAAAGACACAUUGGUGUGAAGGAUCAUGUUUGCUCUAAGUGUGGGAAGACAUUUUUUACAUAUGGUGCAAUGAAAGUGCACCAGACAGUUCACACUACAGAAACACCUUACAAGUGUUCACACUGUGACAAGAGAUUCAAACGGCCAGAUUAUCUGAGAAUACAUGAGAGGAUCCACACUGGGGAGAAACCAUAUACAUGUGAACAAUGUGGGAAGAGCUUCAGACUAAAAGAAAUGCUUAAUCGACACAUUGAUAUUCACAAUGGAGAGAAGCCACACACAUGUGAACAAUGUGGAAAGAAUUUCACACAAAAAAGUAACCUUAUCAAACACAUGAAAAUACACACUGGAGAGAAGCAACACACGUGUGAUCAGUGUGGGAAGGGUUUCUCAGACAAAGGAAACCUUAAAUACCACAUGAAUAUCCACACUGGAGAGAAGCCACACACAUGUGAUCAGUGUGGCAAAAGUUUUGCACAUAAAGGAAACCUUUUCAAACACAUGAAAAGACACUCUGGGGAGAAGCCACACACAUGUGAUCAAUGUGGGAAGAGUUUCGCAGAAAAGGGAACCCUUCAUGAGCACAUGAGGAUCCACACUGGAGAGAAGCCAUACACAUGUGAUCAGUGUGGGAGGAGUUUCAUGCGAAGAACAACCCUUCACAGUCACAAGAAAACCCACAGUGGGGAGAAGCCGUACACGUGUGAUCAGUGUGGGAGGAGUUUCAGACAAAGAGGAACCCUUAUUGCACACAGGUUAACCCACAGUGGAGAGAAGUCCUAUACCUGUGUUCAGUGUGGGAUGAGUUUCGAACAAAAAGAUGGACUUCAUGAUCACAUGAAAAUCCACACUGGAGAGAAGCCGUACACAUGUGAUCAGUGUGGAAGGAGUUUCACAAAAAGAGGUGCACUAGAUUCACACAAGAAAACCCACAGUGGAGAGAAGCCAUACAGAUGUGAUCAGUGUGGAAGGAGUUUCACAAAAAGAGGAACACUAGAUGCACACAAGAAAACCCACAGUGGAGAGAAGCCAUACACAUGUGAUCAGUGUGGGAAGAAAUUCAAACGUAAAGAAAGUCUCCAUGAUCACUUGAAAAUCCACACUGGAGAGAAGCCGUACACAUGUGAUCAGUGUGGAAGGAGUUUCAUACGUAGAGUAACCCUUUAUGCACACAAGAAAACCCACAGUGGGGAGAAGCCGUACACAUGUGAUCAGUGUGGGAAGAAAUUCAAACGUAAAGAAAGUCUCCGUGAUCACUUGAAAAUCCACACUGGAGAGAAGCCGUUCACAUGUGAUCAGUGUGGAAGGAGUUUCAUACGAAGAGUAACCCUUUACAAACACAAGAAAACCCACAGUGGGGAGAAGCCGUACACGUGUGAUCAGUGUGGGAAGAAAUUCAAACAUAAAGAAAGCCUCCAUGAUCACAUGAAAAUCCACACUGGAGAGAAGCCGUACACAUGUGAUCAGUGUGGGAGGAGCUUCAUACGAAGAGUAACUCUUUACAAACACAAAAAAACCCACACUGGACUGAAACAGCACCAGACAGUUCACACUACAGAAACGCCUUACAAGUGUUCACACUGUGACAAGAGAUUCAAACGAUCAUCACAACUUCAAAUACAUGAGAAGAUCCACACUGGAGAAAAGCCUCAUCACUGCCAUUCAUGUGGAAAGAGAUUCACUCAAUUAUCUUCUUUAAUCUGUCAUAAAUUACAUGUGUGCAUAUCUGAAAUUACAGUAAUUGGAUAAAGUUCUGAUCCUGUACAUCCAUGUGCUAGAUUAAUCAGUACCUCCUCAGAAGUCAUCAAUACAUCAACUUGCUCAGAAAUGAAAUACAAAAAUAAAUGGGAAUUUCAACAACAUAUAGGAGGCUAAAGUAUUCAUCUACAAAUUCUUGUUAGUGGCAAUUUUGAGAACACUGAGAUUGCUUCGGGGGUACCGCGGCGGAGUAACCCAGUACCUUUGUGAUUCUUCAUAGACAUAAACAGAGAGAAGUAGUUCCGGCUACGAUGUUCUUCCGCAAGACGCAAGCAGUUCUGUUUAUUAACUUCUAGAGUGUCAAAUGUUCCCUACCGCAGCUUUAAAUAAGUGUGGAUUGAGAACACAUACAUUCUGAGAACGCUUGUGUGCUCAGUGAGGAGACCAGAAUGAAGAUGGAUGCCGGGGAGAUCUACACUGAUCUGGUGAAUUUCAAAAGGCAAUGGCUACUGUGACGUUCUUUUCAACCACUACAGACCUGUGGUAAAGCAGGACAAGUGAACCAUUUAUUAGAUUGACUGUGCACGUUGUCACCGAGGAGUUUGAAUUGAAAAGUCACUGCCUGCAAACAUUGUAAUUCCCCGACGACCACAUCGGAGAGAACAUAGCCUUUGGCUUGAGUGAGGCACUGGCUGCGUGGGACCUCUGUGCGGAGCGACAGGUCACCAUCACAACAGACAAUGGCACCAACAUUAUCAAAGCGGUAGAGCUUGAUCAGUGGACUAGAAUCCAGUGCUUUGGGCAUAGACUUCAUUUUGCCAUUAAAAUGCUCUGCAAGAUAAUGCACAAUGCAUUAGCAGAGCUACUGGGAUAUGCAGGAAGAUUGUUGGAAGAAAAGAAAGACCUUGAGGGAAGCACAACGAGAGCUCAACCUCCCAGAGCAUGCCAUGGUGACAGACUGCUCAACACGAUGGGGUUCCACUCAGAAAAUGAUAGCAAGAGUACUAGAGCAGCAAAGUGCAUUGUCCCAAGUUCUCUCUACAGACUGCAAAGUGCGAGGCCUACUUCCUUCAUGGCAGGACCUGGAGGUCUUGGAAUCUGUAAACAAGUCACUAAGCCUACUCCAGGACUACAAGUGCCUUAUUGGGUGAACGUUAUGUGAGCAUAUCUUGUGUGAAACCUGCUGUGCAUCUUCUGAACACCUCAGUGAUGGCUGAUGAUGAAACAGAUGCUGACCUGACCAAAUCACUGAAAUCAAAAAUUGUUAGCUAACUCAACAACAAAUAUACAGCCACACAGGACUUGCUAAACUUCAAAGCUUUCCUAGACCCAAGGUUCCGAACUCAAUACAUCUCUGAAGAAGAGACCUAGACCUUAAAGGAAAUUCAACACCAGCAAAUCUGUAGCCCAACGGACUGCAGUGAUGGAAAAUGAUAACAUGGAUGUGGUGCUAAAGCCCAAAAGAAAAUUCUGGCCAGUUUCUACAAGGAAAUCACAUGCACAGCACAAAGAACUUCAUUGUCAUCCACAUCUUAUUUUAUGCCACAGUUUAGAGAAGCAGUGGCCACUGAACUCAAUGUUUACAUUUACAUGCCAUAUAUAGAUCAUGGAGAAAAUCCACUGAAAUGCUGUUAAGAUCCACAAAGUAAACUUCCCUAGGUAGCAUUGAAAUAUCUAGGCAUACAAGCAACGAGCUCUACAUCAGAGAGAGCUUUUUGCACUAGUGGUAAUGUUGUGUCGAAUCAACACUCUGAAACCAGACAAGGUGGAUAUGCUUGUCUUUUUGGCAAAGAACCUCUAAUGUGCUAAGUUUAAUUUAGAAAGAGGAUUUGGAAGUACCAGUUGGUCAUUAAAAAAAAAAAAAAAAAAAAAAAA